GUUUCGUGCUCUCUCUCUCUCUCUCACUCCCUCUCUCGUUGGACUCCAAUGUCAAGCUGAAAAUUUGAAGGGAAGAAGAAGGACCCACUUGGUCGUCGAGCUUCUUGGUCAAAACCCGCGAGUGGCAGACGAGGAAGGCGAGGGAAAUUCGAUCUCUCGUUGCCUUGUCGCUUGUUGGGUCGACCCAGAAUUCCAGUUCUUGAUUUGUCCUUGGUGUUUGCGCGAAUUUCAGUGGGUUUGCGGAAGAUGGGUAAGGGAGGCGGCUGUGUUCCCAGCAAGAAGAGGCUCGCCGCCGCCGCCGCCGCCGACGGCGAGCCGGACGCGGCUCCGAUCCCGGUCGAGGACCAGGCCCUGGAGGCCGAGCGGGAGGCCGCCCCGGGGGCGACGAGGCUGAGGAUCUUCAUCGUGUUCUACUCCAUGUACGGCCACGUGGAGUCGCUGGCGAAGCGGAUGAAGAAGGGGGUCGACGGCGUGGACGGGGUGGAGGGGGUCCUGUACCGGGUGCCGGAGACGCUGUCGCCGGAGGUGCUGGAGAAGAUGAAGGCGCCGCCGAAGGACGAGGCGGUCCCCGUGAUCGGGGCGGCGGAGCUGGUGGAGGCGGAUGCGGUGCUGUUCGGGUUCCCGACGCGGUACGGGUGCAUGGCGGCGCAGAUGAAGGCCUUCUUCGACGCCACUGGGCAGCUGUGGCGGGAGCAGAGGCUCGCAGGCAAGCCGGCCGGGUUCUUCGUGAGCACCGGGACUCAGGGAGGCGGGCAGGAGACAACCGCUUGGACCGCAAUCACCCAGUUGGCUCACCACGGGAUGCUGUUUGUUCCGAUCGGAUACACCUUUGGCGCUGGUAUGUUUAAAUUGGACGAAGUUCGCGGGGGCUCCCCGUAUGGUGCUGGAGUUUUUGCGGGCGAUGGCUCGAGAGAGGCAACGGAUGCGGAGUUGGCGCUCGCGGAGCAUCAGGGCAAGUAUAUGGCUGCAGUUGUCAAGAGGCUUGCCCUGGAUUGAUUGAUGAUUCAUCUUCUGAAUGAUGUCAAACCUGGUUCCUUGCUUCUGUUUAUUCAUUCGAAUAAUGAUAUCAAUUAUUCUUUCGGGCAAUUCAAAGAGUCGUCGGAGUCGUCGAAAGUUUAUGGUUUGGUUCUCAUUUCAUGUGUCUUGUGCUCGAAAUUCUGUAUAUGGUGCAUCAAAUCUUGUCACAUUGUUUCCACUGAUACUAGAAGUCCUAAAACGAGUUACCUUAUGCUGGAA